AACUGCAUAAAAAAACUCUAUAAAAAUGGUCCAUCAGAAUCGUACCGUCAGCAAGGCCAUACCAGCCAAGCAUCUGAGUCCAAUGCGUAGCAUGGAUCUGGUUGCCGGCAAAUACGCCGUGUCCAGCAGCCCCGUCGAUAGCUUCCUGAGGAGUAACAGGCUCACCGUGAACUCAUCCGGUUCUGGCAACAGUUCCAAUUCUGCGGCCUAUAAAUACAACAACAUGGUCACUAACAAUCGGGAGCAGUUCAAUGCCCUGCACUUCUGCUAAGAAUGAGGAUGAGGAUGAGGACGCAAAUGAGAAUAAUCAUAAUAAUGUUUCUCGCAAUUUGAAUGCAAUAAAUAUAUAUUUCAUAUAUUUCAAAUUAAUUGUUGACGCCUGUUUUCAAACAUAAAUCGCAGUCACGUGUCA